AUGGCUCUAGCUGCGAGGUCAUUCUACCUUGUCCUCACAGUCUUCCUCUUCUCCCAGGUCGUCACCGUCCUCUGGCCACAGCACUACCUCACACAAGGCAGCAAGAACUGUGCCGACUACCCCGCUGGCCUGAUCAACUACCUCCACUUUUACUUUUGUGACCUGAGCCAUGUCCCCGCCGCAGCGACCUUCCUCCUCUGUAUAUGGCUCAUCUUCUUGUUUGGAUUCGUUGGAGUUGCAGCAUCGGAUUUCUUUUGUCCCAACCUGAGCACGAUCGCCAAGAAGCUGCACUUAUCAGAAAGCAUGACGGGCGUGACCUUUUUGGCUUUUGGAAAUGGAUCUCCGGAUGUUUUCAGUACCUUUUCGGCCAUGGGUGCAGGAAGUGGAUCCUUGGCUAUUGGUGAACUCGUUGGCGCAGCAUCGUUCAUCACAUCCGUCGUGGUCGGGUCCAUGGCGAUCAUCAAACCGUUCAAAGUGAGCAGGGCACCUUUCUUGCGGGACGUAAUUUUCUUUGCAGGAUGUGUCCUCUUUACACUGUACACUGUCGUUGACGGGAUGAUUACAUUCUUUGAAAGUCUUUUCCUUGUCGCGUACUAUGUCUUCUAUGUCGCAUUUGUGGUCAUUGGUAACUGGAGACAUCAAAAGUUGAAGGCGGAGCGGGAUCUGGAAGAACGCGCCAGGAACUUGUACGAGGAUGAAGAGAAUGACAUUGAGGAGGAUGGCCUGGGUCUGAACGAGGAGCAGGCCCUUUUGUCUCACGGAGGCUCCCAGCGCGGACCAAAACCGCCACGGAUCGAUACCCUAAUUCACACUGGACCAUACGACGCAUACGAGGACGAGGAGCACGAUGACGGGUAUAAAUCGAACGGAGUCUUGUCUGCCAAUGAAGAAUAUUCUUCUAACCAAACGCUGGUCAAUUCGUAUGAGGACUCUGACGUUAACCUUCCCCGGCCUACUAUUCUCCUUGACAGCGAAGGUGCCGAGGACUCUAUUUCUCUUCGCCCUCAUGGCAUACCUGCCUUCAAGCGCAGACCGUCUCUUGUCGCUGCAUUCGAGUUUAACGACGUCGUGCGGUCUCUCAGUCUGUCAGGGUCUCGACCAAGAUUGCAGUCUUUCGAUCCCAGCUACUAUGGAACAAAGUCUCCAAGGAUGUCUAGACACGAGUCUUUCAGAUCAUCCCGGCCCGUGUCGAUUCACACCCCUGUGUCGAUUCACACCCCUCAGGAAGGAUCUCGGCCGUCAACUCCUCUUUCACACAGCCUGACACCAAACGAUCUUUCAGGACACGGAUUCCUUGGAGAAUAUCUUGCAGGUGACAACGCCCUCACAACAUCGCCUCAGGCACUGGAUUCUGAGACCAACUCUGUCUUUGAGCAUGCGAUGCUUCGUCACUCGAUCAUUCUGCCAGACCAUCAUGACCCACAAUACCAUCACCUCGGACAUGCUCACCACCAAGGUUCUCCAGAGGACAGCCCCGGUCUGCAAGAACCUUCCACGCGGAUGCAGCGGUUCAAGGAAUACGUUCAGGCGAUCUACCCCAUCUACUUUCCUACAUUGUUGGACUGGGAUCAAAAGUCGCUGUUUGUCAAGUUUUUGGCGAUCACCUCGUUGCCGAUGGUCCUGCUGCUGACACUGACGUUGCCCGUGGUCGAGUUGUGUGAUGAGGAUGAAGGUGAAAGUCAGGACAACAGCCCAGUCGACAUUACCGGCCAAGAAGCACGAAGGUUGCCCAAGAUUGUGAUUGGCGACAAGCCCGAAGAGGUUGUCCGGUACGAUGGGUGGAGUCGAGUUGCAACCACUGUCCAAAUGGUCCUUGCACCUGUCUUUAUCGCCAGUGUCAUAUCCAGUGCUGCACAGGACGGAUAUAUCUCGAUUGCGAUAGCAUUGGUGGUUGGUAUUGCGUUGUCGUUCUUGGUGCAUCGGUUCAGCUCAGAGGAGACACCACCAAGGUUCUAUGGAGCGUUGUGUUUUGCGGGAUUCAUGGUCGCUAUUACAUGGAUCUUUUUGGUGGCCAAUGAAGUUGUCGGUAUCCUGCAAGCGUUUGGCAUGAUUUUUGGUGUCAGUGAUGCUAUCCUUGGCCUUACUAUCUUUGCCAUGGGUAACAGUUUGGGAGAUUUGGUGGCAAACAUCACCAUUGCCCGGAUGGGAUUCCCUCGCAUGGCCUUUUCCGCCUGUUUUGGUGGACCACUCCUCACGGUGGUGGUUGUGCCCCAGAAUGGAUAUGUGAUGAGUCGUACCUGGGGAUGGUUCCUUCUUGCGAUGUAUACGACGUGUACGCUCGUUAAUGUUGUCAUUGAGAUCAAGCACGGCAAGAAGAGCGAGUGA